UGCUGCGGGGGCUACGGUGGCACGGCUGGGGGCUCUCACGGAUUUCUCCAACCAAGUCAAUUCCACGUCCCUGAACUCUCCCACGAGCCGGGGGCCCAUGGCCACCCCAUCCCUCCACCCGUCCAUCGGGCCGGGCAUCGGCUCCUCGCUGGGCUCCCCGGGCCAGCUCCACUCGCCCAUCAGCACCCUGAGCUCGCCCAUCAAUGGCAUGGGACCUCCGUUCUCCGUCAUCAGCUCCCCCAUGGGCCCACACUCGAUGUCCGUCCCCUCCACCCCCAGCCUGGGAUUCGGCACCAGCAGCCCACAGCUCAACUCGCCCAUGAACCCCGUCAGCAGCUCAGAGGACAUUAAGCCACCCCUGGGGCUCAAUGGAGUCCUCAAAGUGCCAGCACAUCCCUCAGGAACGAUGGCCUCCUUCACCAAGCACAUAUGUGCCAUCUGCGGGGACAGAUCUUCAGGUAAACAUUACGGGGUUUACAGCUGCGAGGGCUGCAAAGGCUUCUUCAAGCGCACGGUGCGGAAGGACCUCACCUACACCUGCCGUGACAACAAGGACUGCUUGAUCGACAAGCGCCAGCGCAACCGCUGCCAGUACUGCCGCUACCAGAAGUGUCUCGCCAUGGGCAUGAAGCGAGAAGCCGUCCAGGAGGAGAGGCAGCGGGGGAAGGAUCGCAACGAGAAUGAGGUGGAGUCGACAAGUAGCGCCAACGAGGACAUGCCCGUGGAAAAGAUCUUGGAAGCUGAACUUGCAGUGGAGCCAAAGACAGAGACGUACAUUGAAGCCAACAUGGGCUUGACGCCGAGCUCGCCCAAUGACCCGGUGACGAACAUAUGCCAGGCAGCAGACAAACAGCUCUUCACCCUGGUGGAAUGGGCCAAGAGGAUCCCCCACUUCUCCGAGCUGCCCCUGGACGACCAGGUCAUCUUGCUCAGAGCAGGGUGGAACGAGCUCCUAAUUGCCUCCUUCUCCCACCGCUCCAUAGCUGUGAAAGACGGGAUCCUCUUAGCCACCGGGCUCCACGUGCACCGGAACAGCGCGCACAGUGCUGGCGUCGGGGCCAUCUUCGACAGAGUACUGACAGAACUCGUGUCAAAAAUGCGAGACAUGCAGAUGGACAAGACAGAGCUAGGCUGCCUGCGAGCCAUUGUCCUCUUCAACCCCGACUCGAAAGGUCUCUCCAACCCGGCUGAGGUGGAGGCGUUACGGGAGAAGGUGUACGCGUCGCUAGAGGCAUACUGCAAACACAAAUACCCCGACCAGCCCGGGAGGUUCGCAAAGCUCCUGCUCCGCCUCCCAGCCCUCCGGUCCAUCGGCCUGAAAUGCCUGGAGCACCUCUUCUUCUUCAAGCUAAUAGGCGACACGCCGAUCGACACCUUCUUGAUGGAAAUGCUGGAAGCGCCCCAUCAAAUGACUUAAAAGAGAACUGCUGCUGGGUCAGUCCCUCGCCCGGCCUGGGGGGGGGUCUGGGGGGGACCCCUUCCUCCGCUUUCCUCCCCCAGCCCGUCCUUCCCUCCUCUCCCCAGCGCUGGAGGCACCGUCUGAGCCGGGGCGAGCCCCUGCCGUCCCUCGCCUCCUUGUUGCCUUCACCCUUCUCCGUGGUUUUUUUGCUGUCACUGCUGCGUCUCGAGACCUGCUCGCUGGUUCCCUGCGCUAGAUGUAGAGAAGUUGGAAGCGGAGAGAGCUUGUCACCUGCCACCCACCACCCCAGCUGGCAUCCCCCCACCCCAGCUCCCCCCCCCUCGCCGUGCCAUGAGUUUUGGGGUGAGCCACCAGACGGGCUUGGCAUCACCCCACGUGCGUGUCGCAGCCGGCGGCGAUUCCCAUGGGGAAGGAGUGGGGAUGGGGAUAGGGCCGGG